UAGAUGGACCUCCUUUUUCUUUCGUCAACACGCUCUCUCAAGCCACUUCUUUUUCAACUCAGAAAACCCUCAUAGUAAUCAGUCAUCUCUUUAUCAGCAUGCAUAACCAAAACGAGAAGGCUGCUUUGGCGGAACGGCUCAGAGGCCAGAAGCUCAUCAUCCCAGACCUGCACCCAGUCUUUGCGCACUGGCCUUGCGGACAGAAUAAGCACUACCAGGUGAUGAAGGAAGUGCUCGACAAGCGAUUCGCCGAACAAGGCCUUGACGAGAAGACCAUCAAGGGCUUAAGUGCCAUGAACCCGGCUUUGCUGGCGGCAAGAUGGUGGCCAAGAGCUUCCACGGACCAGUAUACAAUCCUGGCCGACCAGAUCGUUUGGUUCGGGCACUUUGAUGAUCUCAUCGAGGGCAUGAUACACGACCCAAGCGCUGCGAGCGACUUGCGUGCUGCGACCAAGAUUCUGGUCCGUCAGUCACUCGGUCUUGUAGAGCCGGGAGAGGGUGACACUUCGUGUAUCACCAAUCCGCUGGUACUUGGCUUCAGGAACAUUGGGGAGAGGGUAUGCAAGUAUUACGAUGAAGAGCAGCGAAAAAUCCUCGUAGGGCAUUUCGAUAACUACAUCGAUUCCACCGUGCUCGAGGCGCAGGCGGACUUGAGCGAGAAUUUGCCUAGUCUGAAGAGGUACUGGGAAGUCAGGAUCUUGACGAGCGGGAUGGGAACGCUACUGGGGUUCACCGAAUUAGCCGCCAAUGCCAAAUUGCCAGCUCAGCUGGUACGUUCUGCGGCGUACGAUACUUUGUGGACGACGACGGUGGUGAUCAAUUCAAUUGUAAAUGACUUGAUUUCGUUUAAGAAAGAGAUGAAAUCAGGCAGUGUCCUCAGCUCCGUCGCGAUACUGUACCAACAAGUCGACAACCUCGACGCCGCCGUGCAGAUGUCCAUCGCCCACCUCAAGAUCCUCGUCCAGGAGUUCGACCGCACGGCCAACAUGGUCCUGUCGAAGUUCCCCAUGGAACCUACCGAGAUCGAGGCCGUCUCUAGAAUCAUCGACACGAUGAGAAUGGUCAACACGGGGAAUCUGGAGUGGAGCCUAGAAGCAGAACGUUAUGGUGUCUGCCAUGCCAUGACGAGCACUGGGCAGAUCGAGUUAGUCUUGUGAAAAAGAAAAAAAGAAAUCAGGCAAAUACAGUAACGAAAUGACGAGAUUAGAAACACCAUAGAUGGAUAUCACUCUUUUCAUAUUUUCACAAGAGAAGGGGGGAAAAUCCUGAGUAGAUAUUCAACAAUACACGAUCAUAUUUCUCACGAUGCAAUAAGCUUUGACUGCCUCAUU